UAUUUCCUAUAUAUAACACCACCCCUUCCAGUAUAAUUCCCCCAUCUUUUUCUCUCCAUUUCUCGUUUAGAUUCCAUUAAACACCGUAAACAAUCAUGCAGGAAGCGAUUCCUUACAAGACAUGGCAGCUGACGUCAGUCCCGAGAUCCAAUCCUCUGCUAAAACCCGCCCGCUCUCCGCCGUUAACGAUGAGCAAAACCGCGGCUUCUUCCGUCUACUCCGACGGAUCGGUGGAGGAUCUGAGGAAUAUGGUGGCGGAGAACGCCGUGAUCGUGUUCGGCCGCCGCGGCUGCUGCAUGAUCCACGUCGUGAAGCGGCUUCUCCAAGGCUUAGGCGCCAACCCGGCGAUCUACGAGACCGAUGAAGGGUCCGAAGACGACGUCGUUAACGAGCUCGAAGCCAUCAGCGCCUUUGACCGGAAGGACGGCCGGUUGCAGUUUCCGACGGUGUUCAUCGGAGGACGGCUGUUCGGCGGGUUGGAUCGGGUUAUGGGCGCUCAUAUCACCGGCGAGUUGACUCCGAUUCUGAAAGACGCCGGCGCGCUUUGGCUUUGAUAUUAUGCUUUUUCUGAGUACUAAUUUUCACACAGGGCGUUGAGAGUUUUAUUUCAGACUGUUAAAAUUUUUUCUGUUCUUUUUCACCCCUCCUCUGUUAUUAACCUUUAUUGGGAUAUAUAAAUUACAGAGUAAUUAAUUACUAUAAAUCCAUGAGUUCAACGGUUGCGAUUGCGUGUUUGAUUUCUUGAUUCUAAUGUAAACACGGAUUCUAAGGAU